GAAUAGACUAAUCAGUUAGAUCGAUCAAAAUGGCGCCCAUUGCCCUUGAAGCACCCACAGUUGAUCGAUCAGGCGAUGGCAAGAUUCUCGUGAAGCCGUGGUCUCGGCCAGCAAAGACAUCAGAACAGCUAGAAUGGGCAGAAUUGCCGAAGAUUGAUCUGUCACUCUUUGACAACCCCGAUGGCAAACAAGAGCUUGCCCAGCAGCUUUACGACGCUGUCACCAGAGUUGGAUUCUGGUCUGUGGUCAACACAGGGAUUGACGAUGAGCGCGUGCUCCGUCAGUUCAGCAUCGGGAAUACCUUCUUCAAGCAGCCAAUCGAAGAAAAGCGAAGGUUCCCCUGCAACUUUGCUGAGGGUGAGUAUUUCGGGUACAGGGAGAAUUCACGCUGGAUUGGCGACACGGGGAUUAAAGAAAACGUGGAAAUGUUAAACAUCCCCAAAGCUAUCCCGGCAUACGACAAAGUAGGAAAACACAGGAUAGCGGAGGAGAAUUGGGACGAGAUCGCUUCAUUCCACAAAGAUUUAUUCGAGAAGGUGGUGCGAAAGCUCUUCGUUCUAAUCUCUAUUAUCCUUGAGCUUCCGGAGAACUACCUCGUUGAUGCACACGGUUAUGAUGACGAAUCUGACGACCACCUCCGCUACAUGCUAUAUAAUGUCAGAAGUCAGGAAGAAUGGGACAAAGCCCAGGCUUACUCCAAAGGGGGCCAUACCGACUUCGGGAGCUUGACUCUGCUUUUCUCGCAGCAUAUUGCCGGGUUGCAGAUCCGCACGCCCGAAGGCCAAUGGAAAUAUGCUAGUCCAGUGGACGGUGGUAUUACGUGCAAUGCGGCGGACACGUUGACAUUCCUUACGAACGGUUUUAUAAAGUCCACCAUCCAUCGCGUAGUCACGCCACCAAAAGAUCAGAUCAACAUUCCACGUCUCGGCUUACUGUACUUCAGCAGGCCAGGGGCUCGCACGCCUAUGAAAACAGUCCCAUCCCCUCUCCUGGAUCGACUUGGCCUUAUUCCACAGGAGGACAAAGAUCCUAACAAGCCCGUAGUGUCCGGAACCGAGUACGUCCGAGCAAGAGUCAAGGAUGUUCACUACAAAACCGUCCUGGAUAAGCGUGAAGGAACGACAUUCGAAUUCAAGGGUCUGAAGGUACAGAACCACUAUGUAUGACAGGAUGCGCCUAUAAUUUUACAAGAUGUCCGCGUUGGUCGUUAUGUCUCUAACCUGUCAAGACGUUCUGACGAACAUGCUGUAGGGCAGACUGUUGGCAGCUAUUGGAUCACUUGCAUUUU